AUGGUAGCGCUCUCCUCUGUGGGCCUCCCGACCUCCACGGUCGCCACAACGUCCACCACGUCCGCCACGUCCACGCCCCCGGAGCUCACAUCGGCAGAGACAGGAGCUCCUCAGGUUAAGAAGAAGAAGAAGGGCAUGACGCAGAAGGUGAAGAACUUCCUCUCGGGCCUUCCGGACCUGAAGCACCUGUAUUCCAAGUCCGUGGUGGAGUGA